UUCAUGGACCUCGUGGAGUGUUACGUGAUUCUCGUAUCACCACCACACUACUCAUCGGUCAGUUGCUCAGUUCGCCCAGAGCUGUGUGCAUCAGGAGUGCGGAAGCUUGUCUUCUUGGCUUUUUCCUAACCGGAGAAUUCUCCCCCUUACGGCGCAGUGCUCUGCAGUGAGGGGACCGAGGCAGUGAUCCCCGCUGCCAAGUUUUAGUGCUGCCGCUUCAUAUUAUUUGUCGCAGUACUGCUAUCGUCCAGAAGGGCGUUACCCAUUUUUUAUGACUUUCCGUAGCUGCAAAGAAACUUGGACAGUAUCCAGAGGUAGAUCUGGGAGUUCUCCUAUAGCACAAGAGCCCGGUCGUGGCCCAGGAGGGAGGUGUAUGAUUUCAUAUCAGCCGCAGGGCCCUAUCAGUCAUAGGACAACAAAAUUUUCCAGUAACCGCCAUAGGAAAUCUCAGCCAUUUAGAGAAACGUGACUAGGUCACGUUACCACCACCAUUACGUCCCAAUUGUUCCUAUACUAACUCACAACCGCCAGCAACGCUGUCAGCAUUAGCUCUGCUACCUACCCCACCACCACGCCGACCACUCAGUCUAUUACUUUUCCUGCUGCAAAGCAGGCCCUCACCAUUUGUUCCUUAAGGCUUGGCAGCUCCGAUAUUUUAGACGUAGUCAAGAAGAAGUCUUACAAAACUCGUCACCAUGAGUGUAAACGUGAAUCGCGCCGUGAGCGAUGCCUUUUAUCGGUAUAAGAUGCCUCGCAUCCAGGCCAAAGUAGAAGGUAAAGGAAAUGGCAUAAAAACUGUCAUUGUCAACAUGGCUGAUGUCGCUAAGGCUCUUGGACGCCCUGCUACAUACCCCACAAAAUAUUUUGGCUGUGAGUUGGGUGCGCAAACCAACUUUGAUUUCAAAAAUGAUCGUUACAUUGUCAAUGGGUCCCAUGAUGCUGUUAAGUUGCAAGAUCUCCUUGAUGGUUUUAUUCGGAAAUUUGUGUUGUGCCCACAAUGUGACAAUCCUGAGACCGUUUUGAGUGUUCAAGCAAAGAAGGGCAUUAUCAGCCAGGGCUGCAAAGCUUGUGGCUACCAUGGAACUCUUGACUUCAAUCAUAAGCUAAACACUUACAUUUUGAAAAAUCCCCCUACUACGAAUCCUGCUACUCAAGGAUCUUCCUUAACUGAGGGCAAACGCACUAAGCGUACCAAGAAAAAUGGUGAAACCAACGGUGACACUAAUGGAGAGAAUCGUUCCUCCGACAAUGACAAUGACGGCGAUCCACCUGUAGAUGCACCUGCGGCACCAGAUGCAGAUGAUGAUGAGCCUGAAUGGGUUGUUGAUUGCUCUGAAGAAGCUGUUCGUGCCCGACUCCAAGAUCUGACUGAUGGUGCCAAGGGAAUGACUAUAUCUGAUGACUUGGAGAAGACUGAGAAAGAGCGCAUGGAUAUCUUCUACAACUUUGUGAAGCAGCGCCGUGACGCUGGAACAUUGGAGCAGGUUGCUAUUCAUCGUGAAGUUCUGACACAAGCAGAGCAUCUGGAAGUCAAGACUAAAGCUCCGCUUGUAUUGGCUGAACUGCUGCUCUCAGAGAAAAUCCAUGUGGAGGUUAAAAAGUACCGUGUCUUGAUUUUACGGUUCACUCAUGAAGAUCUGAAGGCUCAGAAAUAUUUGAUUGGAGGCAUUGAGCAAAUCAUUGCAUUGCACAAGGAUUCACUUCUUCCAAAGGUCCCAGCCAUCUUCAAGAUGCUGUAUGAUCUUGAUAUUCUGGAAGAGAAAGCUUUGCUUGAUUGGGACAGCAAGAUCAGCAAGAAAUACGUGUCUCGUGAGCUGAGUGAAGAAAUCCAUGCCAAGGCACAGCCGUUCAUCAAUUGGUUGAAAGAAGCCGAGGAGGAAGAGUCUGAUUCUGAAGAGGAUGAUGACGAUGAUCUUGAGAUUGAGUAUGAUGAUCGUGCUAAGACCUCACCAUUGAAGGAGCAGCCCAAGUCAGUAGCCAAGCCCAAGAUGGUUAAUAAUGAUGAAGAAGACGACUUUGAUAUUGAUGCAAUUUAAUGUGUGGUGGGGGCAUUUUCACCACUCCCAGAGGAACAUGAGAUCUUUGUAGUAUUUCCAAAUAUGCACAAAUAUUUGAAGAAAAAUGCAAAACAAAAAGACAAAAAAAAUUUAAAAAAUACACAGAUUUUUUAGUAGUGCAAUAAUCUAUUGAAUGUAGCAUUAUCCAAAAAUACUUUGUUUCUUAAAUAGCACUAGGCCAUGCAAUGUGUAGUGAACACAAUGUUGAACUUCAAGUUAUUUCACCUGAAGAUAUGUCAGUGCUUUAGCAUCUAAGUGAAAGUAGUCUUUUUCAGGUUUUGAGAGUAGUCAUUGAUUCCUCUGGGAGCAAUAUACUAAUGCUAUAUCAUAGCCAUUUCUGCUUAACUCUGGUUUGCAUACACUUCUGUAGAAUGUAUCUUUUGAUUAACUGACAGCGUUUGUUGGUGGAAUGUGGUUAGUUUUUUUUCCUAAUAUUAUUUUCCUUAUACUUUAUGUUACCAUCUUGCUAGGAAUCCAUCAUAUUUGCUUCAGAUUUCUCUUGUAUUUCUUGUGAGUAAUUAAGACAUGGCAGAUUGACGACCUACUAAUGGCAUUGUAUCCCCAAAUCAUAGUCUAGGUUGAAAUUUGAAACAUUACUUAUUGAUUGAAAAUAUUUCCUCAAGCCUGAGGGUUGACUGAUGCGUCCAAGUUGAAUCACUUUAUGCAAAUAUCUGCCCAAUUUAAUCCUUGACUUAUGGCAGAUAGUGGAAUAUCUUCUGCUCAUCUGAUGAAUUCCUGAAUGAACCAUCCUUAGUUAGUACAACUUUUUUUCUUAUUCAUUUUUAUUACUCUUAUUUUUUAAUGUAAUUCUAUCAUACAUUGUCUUUCUCAAAAAAAUCAUUCUGUAUUAUCCAAGGACCUGAAAUGUGCACUGUUAUGAUCUUGUGUUUGUGUUUUAAUGGUUUAAAAAAAGAAGUAUACUGAAGAUAGCUCCAGGAUUGUAUUACUUGAUUUUGUGUUGUUGCACAAUUGUCACGGAUUCAAACUAAUCUUUGUUUAUAAAAAUAUUAUGAGACUGUGGUUAGGAUUGAUUGAACUUUCUUUUAUCAUUAAGCAAGAUUUUGCUUUCUUGUAUUUAUUCUCUUAAAUUGUCUGCUGUGUUAAUUCCAAUUUUGUGGUGUUUCUUGAUAUAUUGAUAAAUUGAAGUGUUUAAAGGAUCAUGUUUGUAGAAACCAAAGUAAAUCUGUUUUGGUGUCAAUCGAAA